AUGCAAAAUUCUGUGUCGAAUUCCGAGUCGACGAAACAUCUUGAUGGUCCAAAGUCGCAAAUCUCCCUCGAGCAACUUCUAGCGCAAUUCCGCCCAUUCCGGACUCCGCCAGCACCCGUGCCAUUCGACGAUGCCGAACCGCCAGUCUCGAAGCGAAAGGCAUCGCAGAAGCAGCGACCCUCCGAGGUCCGCGAGGCCCCGCCCGCGCGCCAGAAGCGCAAAGCCUGGAAGACCACCAUAGUAGUGACCGAAUCUACCGAUGCCAACGGCGCGAAAACCUACGCCACCACCACAACCCCGCUGAAGGAGAUUCGGGAUCCAUCUUUAGUCGAGUCGCUCGAGCAGCGCAUCAUCGUCCCGAAGCCGUUUCUCGAGCGUAUGCGCAUCCGGCAGCAGAAGUGGGAAGAGUACAUGGAGGACCGCGUGGGUAAUGGCGCGAGCAAUAUGCUGUUGAUUAGUGUGAAAAGGCAACGGAAGUUGAAAAUGAAGAAACACAAGUAUAAGAAGCUUAUGCGGAGGACGAGGAAUUUGCGGAGGAAGUUGGAUAGGACAUAG